GCAUGGCGAGGUGUGUGCUGGGUCUUCAGAGCCGUACCUGCGCUCCGCAUUGUGUAGCGCAUCUCUGGAAAAUGCAGGGAUCAGCCUCAUAAAGCACAAUGCAGAUUUAGUCGUCAUCUUUGUCUCUCCCCCCCCCCCCGCCUCGCUCUGCUCCCUGCUGAUGUUAACUGUCUGUAUUAUUAUUUAUUGUUAUCAAGGGAUUUGGUUUGAUCAAUGAAGUGUAUAUGCGUCUGACGGACAUUCGGAGAGGAAAUGCUUGGAGAAUGAGUAACAUGUCUGCAGUGGAGGGUGUGUGUGAGGGAGAGAGGGAGCAUCGGUACUAGAAACAUUGACUGAUGAGUUCAUUUUAAAAUCCAAGGGCAUAUAGCUGGUAAAUUAGCACAUAUUGCAAAUAUAGUCUGGUGUGAGAGGCAGCAGUGCUGCCAUUGAGCAGAGGGGUGGGUGUGUGUGUGCCGGGGUGGGGGGGGGGGGGUCGAGGAGAGGAGAUUGUCAGCUCUAAAGUCAUCACGGGCAUGAGCCAGGCAGUCUGCCUGCCUCAAUGCAGACGUGGGGCGUGCGAUUUCCACGGGCGGCUGCGGGCUGCAGUGUGGCGGAGGGGGGGGUCAGGGGGGGGGAACCGAGAUAUAGCAGCGGUGGAUUUUAUUGUUUUAAAGCCCAGAUCCAGCCAGAGGGAUGCCAGGCGAAGGGCUGCAGCCCCGACACUUCCCCCUCCUUCCUUUCCUCCCCUCCCGGACGUCUUUAGGAAGGCGGGAGCGGGUGCCCGGCUGCCCGGGAGGGUCCCGGGGCCGCGGGGAUGGGAACCGGGAUGCGGCCGCCGCGACGGGUUUCUCCCUGGAGCUUAAGAGAUUAUUGGGGAGGGGUGGCUGGGGCUGGUGUGUGUGUGUGUGCGAGGCUGGCGGCGGCGGCGGGGGGAGCCGAGUCCUUAUUCUGUUAAAGAUUUAAGUAGGCAUGCAAGGAAUCUCUAGGAUAGUUGGCAAAGGGCGAGGGUGGGGAGGGGGGGGGAAGGAUCCAAAAGAGUCUGUAACCAGACACUGAAGCUUUCCAGGAGUGAGAGUGUGUGAGAGAGACGGAGACAGAGCGAGAGGAAGAGAGGGGGCAGUGUGGUCUAGUACAUUUUCAUCUGGUCGUUGAUUUGAGCCUGAUGCUUGCUGUCCCUCAACAGCCUCCCUUGCCUGUAUUUUUUCUUUCCCCCUCUCCUCUCCUUUCCCUUCUACUUCAUCGAAGCCUAGGGGAGCCAGUAAAGAUUAAAUGUGCUUUCUAAAAGGCAGCCACUUCAUGCAGCUAUGUCUACACCCCCCCUCCCCAGCUCCCCCUUUUUGAAAUAAAAAAAAAUAGAAAGAAAAGAGGGGGGAGACAGCGAGGGGGAGAAGGAAGGAGGAGGAAGAGGAGGACUAUAGUUUAAUGAUGUCGGGACUGGCUGAUCCACAAGGAGGAAAGAGAAAGGGGAAAAAAAAUAAAAGGAAAAAAAAAAAAAGGAAAAGAUUUGAGAUCCCGGACGAGGAAGGACUUUGGUGAAUGGGCUCAGACUCCUGAGGUGAGAAAAGGACGGAGUGAAUGAUGAUGAUGAUGAUGAUGAUGAUGAUGAUGGUUCCGUAAUGGUGCCUGUUACCGCUGCUCCCCCGGCCGUGCGGUGGCGGGGAGCGUCGGGUGCGGGGCCGGGAGGGGGGGGGACACGGGACGGGGCCGGGAGCGGGACCUGCUUUGGCAGCGCCGGGCGAGGAGCGGCGGAUAUUUUGCAUUUUUAAACUCGGGCCCUCCGGUACGUUUCGGCUUCUCCCCGCUUAUGCCGCUGGGCCUAAAGCGGUUCCAGAGAUGGGUGGAGGGUGCGGAUCCGUAUUAUUUAUUUGGGCGGGGGGUGGGGGGGGGGGGGUGGAAAGAGGGAGGAAAGGGAGGGAGGGAAGGGGAGAGAAGAGCGGAGAAGGAGGUGGCAAGCUGGGGACGAAAUCCUGCUCUCGGUUAUGGCCGGCGUAAAUUUCCAUUGGCUGGGGUUGCACAAGGUGCUUUGGAGAGGAGUCGGUGCAGGAUGGAGUCCCUUUUGUGUGUGUGUGUGUGUGUGUACGUGUGUCUGUGUGUGUGCACGGUGCUCGGGGACCCUCCUCUCCCGGGGAAGCGGGUUUUUCCUCCAGGUUUUCCUCGGCAGCCCCGGCCCAGGAGCGGCUGCCAGGAGCUGGUGACCGCGCUGCGCCGCCCGCCCGCCGCGCUCCGCCACCGGCUCCGGGCUGCCCCCCGCUGCUACCGGGGCAGGAGCGGGCCGCGGCUCCAGCCCCCCCCCCAACCCCGUCUCUUCAUCAUCAUCAUCAUAAUAAUAAUAACAGCAGCAGCAGCAUUGGUGGGAGCGCGGAGGGAGGAGGCGAAGGGGCUGCGGAGGAAUUUGGGUCCUUUUCCUUUUUUCCCCCUCUUUUUUUUUUUUUUUUCCUUGAUAUAUUCCCUUAAAAAAAAAAAAAGGGAAAAAAAAAAAAAGAAGGAAGAUGUUUUAAAAAUGCAAGCGGCUUGCCCAGCUGCACACACCCACCCUCGCCUCCCUCCCCCGGCUUGCGCACACCGCACGCUCGCACUCGCUCGCUCGACCGCGCUCGCUCGGGUGUCAAAACCCGGCGGGCACCCAGCCUGGUGCGGGCACUGCCCCUGGCCCUUCCCCUGCCCCGAGCCCGCCUGGGGGCCGCCGCUUCCCACUACCAACACCCCCCCCCCCCUUCUUCUUCCGCCUCCCCACCGCCGCGCUUUUCCUCCCUGCUCUUGGCGCUGAAGAUCGGAGCUUCCCCCGCUUCCAAAUGUUAUGGUGCAUAUUGACUCCAUGGACUACCCAGACAAGUAAUGCAGUGGGGUAAGAUGCUAUGGUUUGUAAUUAUUUGUUAUGCAUGUAAGGUGGAACUUACAGGCUCAUUCUGAAUUUGCACAGUCAGUGUCCUUAGACCAUGGAAGGAGACUUUCCCCUGCUCAGAAGAGAUGGAGGCUGAUUUAUACAAGGUAGAUGGAGGGAAUAUGAGGGGAAAAAGCACCUAAAAGUGAUUUGCCCGAGGAAGCGCAGCACAUCAUUUGCAAAGCAAUAAUUGAUGUCUCCUGGUUUACAGGGCUGCUGUACUUAAUAGUAUACAUUCUUCCUCUGUGGAACUUUCCAGACUGUGAAUAAGGUUACUGGCAUGUCAGGAGACUCUCUCGUGUACCCCCAGAUGUAACCAUAAAAGAACAUGUCACUUCUGUAAGCUGUUUUUACUCUUUUUUGUCAUUCACCCAAUGCUCUGGCAACUGUAUUUGAUAUACAGGGACAUUAUAACCAAUUAAAGAAAAAGCUAUUUUUCAAGAUGCUAGAUGAGUCUCUGAUAUACAUGGUACUCAAAGUGACUCUGGAAGGCUGAGACUACUGAAAUUGGUUUUAUUUAACAGCUCUUCCCGCAAUGUAGUCAAUGAAUCUCUAAUGUCCUGGACUGAAAUGUCUGACGCUUAUAGAAUCAUUUAUUUGCUGGCCUUUGUAUCCAUGGUCAACUGUGUUAUGCUCACAGGGCUCCACCUACAGCAGUGGGUUGAUGGUACGCUGAAUAUAUAUUGUAUGUUCUUUAAGGGGUGGGGAGACAUAAAAGGAUGAACAUAGGUUUUGCUGUGCAAUAUGUGCUUCUCAUGCUAUCCUUUAAGUAAAGGGUAGCCUUCAGCAGCAACUGUUGAAGGAUGGCUUGGGCUUCUGGGACACAAGGAGAGAUUUGCUCUGGCAUAAUCUAUUUCUUGCUGCUGACUCUCAGACCAUGGCUACUCAUGUCAAACAGCCAACAUGCUGACCGAAACUUGCUGCUAUUUGCUGCUGUAUACCUUUGGAAGACGGGACAGAAGGGGUGCCCUUUGGUGUCCUGUGUGGCAAAAAGAAGGAUACGCUAAGUCAGCUCCUGGGAGAAGUCUCCAAACAGCUCCCUCUGGCUACUACUACAAGAAGCUGAACCUAUGGCUUCCGUUCCCUGGAAGCUGUGUCUGAUGAUCACAGGCCAUUAUAUGCUUCUCACUUGACUGCCCUGCUGGUAACUCUGCUUUUAAUAUGAAUUAUGCAAGAAAUGCUGUGAAGCAUCAGACAUUCAGGAGCUGAGGAUUGUGAAGAGUCCUCUCACAGUGUAUGAACUCAUUUCUGGAUAAAGUCUGAGACUCACACGGAUUCCAGCUUCUUCAGAAAGGACAAAAAAUGGAAAGGAUCAAAAAGUAACCGGUGGACUUUGGUUUUCCUGUGCAUGUGUGCUUGUAUCAUGUCUGAACUUGCAAAGAAUAUCCUUGGUUAUUCACAAGGAAUCCAGUAAAUGGCAAAUCUGUAAAUCAGUUA